GGUGUGCCAGAUGUAAAUUGUGGAUAGUGCGAUGCUACAAACUUGCUGUUUUGAGGCCGACCGAGCUGCCUGACUGAGUUUAAAAGCAGGAUUCUAUGAUAUUUGGAGUUAUUAAACGAGGGUUAACUACAGAAAGUGAGUAAUUAUCUAUUGUCUGUUUUAUUUAAGGAUCACACCGAACAAAUCUGAAAAAGGCAUGUCACCAGAGGUUUUAGAGUGUAGAAAGGCUCCUUCCUCCAUAAAUAAAGAUAUCUAUGGCUAUGUGAUGGUCGCCAGCUGUCCUUUAUCUUGGAGUGAUGCACAAACAGAACACGCCUGCUUGUCAACAAAUUAUUCCGCUGACCCUGCAUCAGCUGUUCCAGUGGUUGAUAUGGUAACAUCUUUGACUUAUGCCAACAUCUACUGCGCUAUGUGUCAUGGGAAGUCAGAUAACCUUCGUCUUUGGGAUGUCCAAAUUUGGAUGAAGCGCGGCGUCUCUGAUAUAUCCUUACAGGUUAUCCGAUCCCCUGACACGUUUUGGGAGGUUAGGCCAUUUGACAUUCAAGUAGCACAAAAGUGUAUUAUUACACCAAAUGCCGCCUUGAUAGGGCAAGACACAAAACUCAAAAAUCUGUGUCGUUCCUAUGCCAAUGGCGUGAAUAUUAAGCCUCAUGGGUCAUUUAAGAACCCUCACUGUGCUCUUCUUUGGAACAGAACCAUCCUGAAUAAAAAGGUAAUAUGCAGUAGAGGCCUACGGGUCGCACCCAGGCUUCCUUCACUGUUGUUUGCAUUUACUAAAGCCCGCUCACAGACACGGCAAGUUCCACGGGGAGUAAUUACUUUACACGUCGAUUACACCUGCGAAAUCAAUGAAGUAUAUGAUCCAUUUCAGGGUAGGUGUAUUCCUGUUAUUCCUGCCAGCUCUUCAAUCAGUGUCACUGUCGUCAACCAAAAGAAGUGCACCGCUGAGAUUCGUUUCCUUCCCAAUGAGUUUCAGAUCUUGAGCAAUAAUUCCGUGCUUGUAUUUGCUCAUCACAUGACGUACAGCAACGAAAGCUUUGUCCUGGCAAACAACACUUUGAUCCUGUGCACUAACUUCUCCCGUAAUUACACUGAGCGACGAAUUACAUUGGAGGACGUGAAAACCGAACAGCAAUUUCCAGCGAUACAAAUCAUUACAUAUGUUGGGUUUUCUGUGUCAAUCGCCUUUCUUCUUUUCCUUCUGGUGACCUAUUUGCUCUUUGCUGAACUACGUACCUUUCCUGGUAAAAAGGUGAUGCAUCUGUCAUGCGCAAUGAUAGCCAUGCAGUCGAUAUAUCUUGUGUCUGACCCGGAUGUUGUUUCCUCUGGAGUCUGCGCAGUGAUUGGUGUUUUGCUGCAUUAUUUUGUCCUGGUUGUGUUCUCGUGGAUGAGUACCAUUGCCUACAACACUCAAAAGGUGUUUUCAAGUGGAAGUGAGUACACGAUAUGUUCAAUUAUAGUUCACCACAAAAUUUUCUCCGAUUCUUAUUGGUUUAAAUUGAUCACGUGACGCGAUAGUGUUCAUCCGCGGAGACACUAUCAGCCAUAGUGUCCGUCCGAGGAAAAUACCCGGAUCGACAGUACCCGUCCGUGAAAA